AUGUCAGCGAGUAAUCAUGAACCUGCAGGCGGCGAUGUCGACCGCGGCCCUCAGGCCAUGAUUCUUUUUUGGGUUACGGCCAGUAUUGCUAUUAUUGUCGUUGCGCUGCGGUUUCUGGGGAGAAGGAUGCGGCAAUCGCUUGGGGGAGACGACUGGAUGAUGCUCAUUACGCUGGCAUUAUACGUCAUUUAUGCGGCUAUACUGACGAAAUUGAUCGAAAUCGGCGGAAUGCGUCACUUGUUCUAUCUCUCGCCGGAGCAGAGAAUUGAGGCCGGGAAAUGGAGUUGGGUAUCGCAACCAUUCGUCAUCAUGGGCUUCGCUACCGGCAAGAUCUCAGUCGGUCUCUUGCUUCUUCGCGUGGUUUGGGAAACUGCCUAUUGGCGCAAAUGGAUGGUCAUAUUCGCAAUUGGUUCCGCCUUUAUUAUUACCGUCAUCAACAUCAUCCUCACCUUUGCUCAGUGCUCGCCGUCGGAAGCCUUGUGGAAUCCAGGUCUAAUCGCGGAGGGCAAGGCUACAUGCUGGUCGCCAUCUGUUCAGACCAACUUUGCCAUAUUCCUCUCCAGCUGGAAUAUCCUCACUGACGUCUUUUUGGCUGUAUUGCCAGCCACAUUCCUGUAUAACCUAGAAUUAACCUGGAAGAAGAAGAUCGGCCUGUGUGUCCUCCUUGGCCUAUCCUUUGCCGCUGCCGUCUUUGCUACCGUCAAGACUAAAUACUUGACGUCGUUGAGUGGGCGAUCCGACAUUACAUGGGAAACCUACGACCUCUACGUCUGGUCCGCGUCCGAGCUAUUCGUCAUCAUUGUCUGCGGCAGCGUACCCCCCAUCAAGCCCGUCUACGACUACAUCAUCGGCAAACCGCCCGUCAGCAGCGCAAACGCAACAGGCUACGGUCGAUACGCCUCCAGCGGCAGCUACCCACACGGCAACUCGAGAACCUCGAGGACUUCCAGAACCAGUCGCCCGUCCGAUCCAUUCAAAAGCGGAGAGGAUGAGCUAGAGCUGUAUCGCACGGACACAGUAAGCGACGAACAGUCCGGAUAUCCCAGCUCACACGACAUACAACAGUACCCUAGGUCGAAAGACAGGUGA